AUGAACGGAGUGACCAAUGAUGCAGUGAGAUUGAGACUUUUCCCGUUUUCAUUGAGGGACCGAGCAAAGAGUUGGCUUAUUUCUAUGGAAGCCAAUUCUAUCACAACAUGGCAGGAGCUAACUCAAAAAAAUUUAGCAAAAUUUUUCCCACCAUCGUUGUCUGCAAGGUAUAGAGGUGAAAUCAACAAUUUUCACCAAAAAGAUGGUGAAUCGCUGUAUGAUGCGUGGGAGAGGUUUAAGGAGCUGUUGAGAAAAUGUCCCCAUCAUGGAAUCGAAAAAUGGAUGUUAGUCCAUAUUUUUUACAAUGGUUUGUGUGGUAUUACUCGCACAAUCAUAGAUGCAGCGUUUGGAGGAGCGUUCAUGAGUAAGAGCGCUAAUGAGGCUUAUGAUCUGUUGGAAGAAAUGGCUAUGAAUAACUAUCAAUGGCCAUCAGAAAGAGAAACCACUAAGAAGGUGGCUGGAGUGCAUGAAUUGGAUGCCAUUUCAAUGUUUUCCGCUCAAGUGGCAACAUUAACUAAACAGUUACAGCAGAACAACAUUCAUGCUCAGGCGCCCGUGAUGCAGAUGAAGAUUAAAUGUGAGUUAUGUGGGGGGCCUCAUUUAUUUGAACAAUGCACAAAUAGGGAUUUUAACAAUAUUCCUAUGGAGCAAGUGCAAGCAAUAGGGAACUUCCCAAGGCCCUCCAAUAACCCAUAUUCCAUGAGUUACAAUCCAGGGUGGCGGAAUCACCCAAAUUUUUCGUGGACAAAUGGGCAGGGCAGUCAGCAACAGUUUCAACAGAAUCAACCACAGUAUCCUCGACCUCCUCCUGGGUUUUAUCAACAGCAACCAGUAAGACCUGCACAGCAACAGAUGCAAGCAAAGCAAGACGGUCAGGCUGAUGUGUUAACUCAAUUUAUGACAGAAACGAGAUCAUCAAUUCGGAGCUUGGAAACUCAGAUCGGACAGUUAGCCACACUUAUGGCAAACCAAGCUCAAGGGAACUUGCCAAGCACUACUGAGGUGAAUCCAAAGGGGAAUCCUAACGAACAGUGUCAGGCGAUUACUUUGAGGAGUGGAACAGUAUAUGAGGGAAUAAGUGUGGAAAAGAGAGUCGAGCAGAAGCAAGAUCAACAUGCACCCAAUGUUGAGGACAAGAAGACUUGCGAAGAGAAGGUUAAAGAGAUUCCGCCAGCAAGAGAAGUGGUACCUCCGGUGUCUAUAGAUCAUCACAGAAAAAUUCCAUAUCCACAGAGACUCCAAAAGAACCGUCUUGACAAGCAGUUUGCAAAGUUCUUAGAGGUAUUCAAGAGGCUGCAUAUCAACAUACCCUUUGCAGAAGCAUUAGAACAGAUGCCCAGUUACGUUAAAUUUAUGAAAGAUAUUUUAUCAAAGAAGAGAAAGAUGGAGGAUUACGAAACUGUGGCAUUGACCGAAGAAUGCAGUGCUAUUUUGCAAAGGAAGCUUCCACAGAAGUUGAGAGAUCUUGGAAGUUUCACAAUCCCACGCACAAUUGGUAACUUUGAGUGUAAACAUGCACUAUGUGGUUUGGGAGCCAGCAUAAAUCUCAUGCCUCUAUCAGUAUUUAAAAGACUUGGUUUGGGUGAGGCAAAGCCAACAACUAUUACACUACAGUUGGCAGAUCAAUCACUGGCUCAUCCGAGGGGGAUUAUUGAAGAUGUGCUAGUGAAGGUCGACAAAUUCAUUUUCCCUGCAGAUUUUAUUGUGCUGGACAUGGAGGAGGAUGCAAAUGUCCCAAUUAUUCUUGGGCGACCGUUUCUAGGAACAGGACAAGCUCUCAUAGAUGUGCAAAAGGGAGAGCUUAAACUCAGAGUCGAGGGGGACGAGGUGGUAUUUAGUGUCUUCAAGGCAAUGGCGUAUCCGAUGGCCAGUGACAGUUGCUACAGUGUGGAUGUGAUAGAUAAAGCAGUGUUGGAAAGAAGGGUCAGUAGUGAUGCUUUAGAGGCAGUGUUGACUGGUGGGGAGGAAGAUGAAGAUGAUGACGAGAUGAAAGAAUAUGUAAAGUGGAUUAACUCUUACCACCCGUAUUUGAAGAAAUUUGAAGAGUUGGCAGAGGCCAUUGAUCGACCAUUAACAUCCAUUCAGUAG